AUGAUUCGCAAACAAGCACGCCAGCGACGCGAUUACCUCUAUCGUAGAGCGCUUCUCCUCCGCGAUGCUGAGAUCAGCGAAAAGAGAGCGAAACUGAGGGCGGCUCUAGCUUCUGGGAAGCCGCUCGAUCCAGAAAUCGCCAAUGACAAGGCGUUAAGGAAAGACUUCCAGUACGACGAAAGCGCCGACAAGACGACGAAUGAGCAGCUCGACCUCGACGAUGAGUACGCGCAGCUGUCCGGCGUGGUCGAUCCCCGGGUCCUGGUGACGACGUCCCGCGAACCUUCCUCGCGAUUGGCCGCGUUUGCCAAAGAAAUUCGACUGUUGCUUCCAACCGCCGUGCGCUUGAACCGUGGCAAUCUCAUUCUGCCCGAUCUAGUCAGGUCUGCCCAGGCGGCCGGGUUGUCCGAUGUUGUUCUUUUGCACGAGCAUCGCGGCACCCCGACUGCGUUGACAUUGUCGCAUUUCCCACAUGGACCCACCGUCUCCUUCUCGUUGCACAACGUUGUCCUGCGACAUGACAUACCGGGGAGCGUCCGAGGCACAGUCAGCGAAUCCUACCCGCAUCUCAUCUUCGACGGUUUCACAACCCGGUUGGGAGAAAGAGUUGUCAAGGUUCUCAAGCACAUCUUUCCGCCGCGGGAAGCCAUCACGAACAAGAACAAAGUCGGCAGCCGUGUAGUCACGUUCAAGAACAUUGACGACAGUAUCGAGGUCAGGCACCAUGUCUUUGUUCGGACUGGCUAUGACAGUGUCGAGCUGUCCGAGGUUGGGCCGAGGAUGACCAUGCGCAUGUUCGAAAUACGCGGCGGUACACUAGAAAACAAGGACGGAGAUGUCGAGUGGCACUUGACGCAGUACACGAGGACUGCCAAGAAGAAGAACUACCUUUGA